GUGACAAGGUUGUCUUUUUUAAUAUAUCAUCAGUUGCUUGUGGACCUGCUGAGGCAAUGCUCCCACAAUCAGUGGAGGCAGAACACUUUGAUGGGCUAUCACUCCUCUACUGGACAAUAAUGGGGCCCCAUGGCAUCAAACGUGCUAUGGAGAGACUCGACUUCACAGACUGUAAGAAAGGGCUUGGUGUGAAGAUUAUUGGGGGCUACAGGGAACAGAGUGGUGAAGAGUUCGGUAUUUUCAUUAAAAGGGUUUUACCAGGUGGUGUGGCAGCACACAACGGGCAUCUUAAAGCAGGGGACCUUAUUUUAGAUGUCAACAAUAUGAGUUUAGGUGGUGUUACAAAUGAAAGAGCAGUGGAGAUUCUUCACAUGGCAUCAGCUACAAAUCACAUGUCUUUACUGAUCAUUCGUGAUGAUGCAUCCAGGAGGGAAUUUGCUGAACUAAUGGAAAAAUAUGGCUUCAGCAGUAGCACUAGUUCUGGAUUAGACAGGAUAUCUCCCACCCCGGUUUCCACAGGUAAGAUGACUGACACAGCCUCCUCUUCAUCAUCUUCCAGAUCAACCAGUCCUCUGCUUCUGAGCCCUAAAGACCCAAACCCAGUAUACACCACUGCCUGCACUGCCUCCCCAUGUCCACAAGUCUGCACAGACUGCAUGAUUCAGUUGAUAUGUGUUGCCAAGGGGACAGGAUUAGGCCUUGUCAUUAGGGGCGGAGCUAACCGUGCAGAGGGGCCAAUGGUGUUCAUUCAGGAAAUAAUGCAAGGAAGCGACUGCCAAAAAGAUGGGAGACUAAAGGCAGGGGACCAGCUCAUAUCCAUCAACAAAGAGUCACUCAUCGGAGUUACACAUGAAGAAGCCAAAAGCAUACUCACUCGAACAAAACUCAGACCAGACCCUACAGUAGAAAUAGCAUUUAUCAGACGAAGGUCAUCUUCAGGAUCCAGCAGUGGUCCUCACAGCCCCAUCUCCCUUCAGCUUCCCUCCAGUACUGUUCCCCAGCUCAGGCCCACUGGACUGGGGGGAGCAUGUCUUCCUGGAGGUCUUAUUCCCAAGAUAGCCAACACCCCCAACACUGGUAGUGAAACGUUGCCUCCUUUUGAACUUAGUAAGGUGCAAAUAACAACAGCAAAGCCAGUGUUCACCCAUGUAUCCUCACCUGAGAGUGCCUGUACCACAGUGGCCAACUCUGAUGUUACUGCUGCCUGUAAUCCCAGCAAUAUCUCCAGAUGUUUAAAACCUCCGUCCUCCAGCCCCAGCUCCCAGCUCAAGCCGGAGAAAAUCGAGCAGAGACUGGAGGCGUUGGGAUUAAAGCCUAACGAGUCCCCGGUCCAGACUCUAAGAGAAAGACUACAUUUGAGCCCAGCAGGGACAGUGGCCUAUGGAGAUUUUGAGAGAGUCACAAAGGAACUCUUUAAUCUACAAUCUAAGUCUAACACUAACUCAGAACAGGAAAUAGCAAGAUUCACAUCAGAUGAUCUCACUGACUUUCCAUCAAACCCUACGCCAUCGUUAUCAGACUCGUUAUCAGAUGAUUUGGAUGAGAUGGAGAGACUAAGCAAAGACCACAAUGAGGCCUUGAGAGAAAUCAAGAGACUACAGGAUAAGCUGACAGAAUCUGAGAGCCUUAAUCAAAAGAUGCAGCAGGAACUAACAAAAGUUAAACAGGAAGCAAAAUCUGCCAUGGUAGAGAGCCGAUCCCUGCGGACCCGUGUCCACUUGGCUGAGGCAGCUCAGAAACAGGCCCGGGGGAUGGAGGUGGACUACGAAGAGGUUAUCCACCUCCUGGAGGCUGAGAUAGCUGAAAUGAAGUCACAGAAAGCUGAGCAACCUGGCCAGGGCAAGGAGGAGCUACAAGACCUGAAAAAGAGGAUUGCUGUGCUUGAAUGUCAGCUACGGAAGAGUGAAACUGCAAAGAAGGGCUUUGAGGUCUCUACGGGUAAACUUCUACAGUUUAUGGAGGCUGUCCAAGGCUUCCUGUCUGAAAAUCAAAGUGGUCCAAGAGGCUAUAGUUCUCCCAGUGAUCCAAAGCUGGCCACACAGUCUCAGAUGCUGGCUUCUAGUGGCGGGAAGAAAACACCCUGGACAGCAUCUACUCUUGCGUUGGAAGCUAAAGAACUAACUCAAGUUGUUAGAGGCAUUCUAGAGCUGGAUUGUUUACCUUAUGGCUGGGAUGAAGCGUACACUGCAGAUGGAGUGAAGUACUACAUAAAUCAUGUUACCCAAACAACAUCAUGGACACACCCUGUAAUGAGCUCUUUGGGUCUGAUGGAACCAGGAAUAAAUGACCAAACCCUGAACUCCCCCGAGUCCACAACUUAGACGAAGGCUGAAGACUGUCUGCACUAUCCAGUUACUUUCUGCCAAAACGUUUGGUCAAAAAACGAAACAAAAAAAAAAACACAUAUAUACACCGAUCAGCCACAACAAUAAAACGACCUGCUUCAUAUUGUGUAGAUCCCCCUCGUGUCGGCAAAACAGCGCAUCUCAGAAUAGCAUUCUAAGAUGCUAUUCUUCUCACCACAAUUGUACAGAGUGGUUACCGUAGACUUUGUCAGUUUGAACCAGUCUGGCCAUUCUCCGUUGACCUCUCGCAUCAACAUAGCAUUUUCAUCCAUAGAACUGCCUCUCACUGGAUGUUUUUGUUUUUGGCACCAUUCUGAGUAAACUGUAGAGACUGUUGUCCAUGAAAAUCCCAGGAGAUCAGCAGUUACAGAAAUACUCAGACCAGCCCAUCUGUCACCAACAAUCAUGCCACGGACCAAAUCACUGAGAUCACAUUUUUCCCUCAUUCUGAUGGUUGAUGUGAACAUUAAAUGAAGCUCCUGACCUGUAUCUGCAUGAUUUUAUGCGCUGCAAUCCUGCCACACGAUUGGCUGAUUAGAUAAUCGCAUGAAUGUUUGUUGGUGCCAGAUGGGCUGUUUCGGUGUAUGUACAUUAUAUUAGAUAGAUAGAUAGAUAUAGAAUGCAAGGUGAUAUUGCAGUGUACUUAUUGCAGAAAAGAGAAAUUGAAGAACAUUUAGUGAGGUUUAUGUUUAAAACUAUCAAUGGGGUAAGAAAAAUUAACUUAAUAAAAAAUUAAAGUUUUCUUUCUCCAACUGAAACAAGCACAUUCUUACAAAUCUUACACAUUUUGCUUUGCAGAUCAGUUUAUCUGGGUUCAAGGAUGUUUAGAUAUUUGAACUCGAAAACAAGACAUACAGUAACAUGAUUUUUUAUAAAAACUCUCAGCAAUCAUAUUUAAAAAUCAUCAAUAAACCGAUACUCCAAAUCCUUAUUCUCCUUACAUUGAACUACUUGUGGCCAAGGCUCUUUGAUAGGUCAUGAAUUCACAUUCAUUUGAGUUUUUCCUUGUUUUUCUGUCUGUCCACUGUUUUCUCACAUUUUAGGAAUUUCCUCUCAUGUUGUACACUAUUCUCUUUCUGUUCUGUUCCUUGACAAAACAAUGGACGGGACCAAUCUGUUUUCCGACAUUUAGAAUAAGUCAAACAUAAUGGAAAUGUUUGAAGUUAAAGGACGUGCCCUCUUUGGUAAAUCAGGAAUAAACUUUGGAAGGACACAGUGCAUUAACCAGGAUGGACUGCUUUUGAAAUGUCCAUUAGAUUUGUCUUUGAUCCACUUUCUGAAAGUAUUUUUUCAGGCAUAGAUUUGUUGAAACAAGAUUUUUUUUACUUUUGUUCUUAAAAUCACCUCUGAGCUCUGAGAAAGUUCUUGCAUAGCAAGGCAAUGCAAUAUAACAUUUGCUAUAAAGUAAUAGUUUUUCAUUCAACAAUGCAUUUUAAUUCUGCUGUUAUCCUUUGUCAUGUUUCUAGUUAGGCUAUUAUGCAAGGUUGCCUAAUUGUGAAAGUGUAUUCUCUUGCUUGUGCAAUUAGUUUGCUGUUUCCAUUAGCAAUGUGACAGUUUUAGUGUUGUACCCUAGGCCUUAUAUGUACAAUUUCUUUGGAAAAUGACACUACAUAGCACAUUUUCCCUGUUGUGAAUUCACUCUGACGGCAUGUAAUUAGCCUCAGAGUUCUCUUAUACAGUAGUUCAUGAAGAUAGAUGUGUUUCCUUAUGAAUGCACUUUUUGCAGUUCUAAUAAAGAUCAACUGUUAA